AUGUGUUUUACCUUUAUCCAUAACGCCAGAAUAUGGCUUACUACAAGGGUAGGGCAGAUUGACCCAAGUAAGAAAGGAAGUAUAGGGGUUUACCGCUUGAAAAACGAGAAGACACCCUUAGGUGGAGCACACGCAGGAGUCAAGCGAGGGCAAGGCCAAAGUGACCCUUGAAGGAUCCUAGAAAGCUUUUUGCCAAGUAGAAGUUUGGAUAUAGGCUUCACUAUUUUAGUUAUGUAG